GGUGAAGAAGAGGAGGAUGAAGCAGGGAGCGGAGGAUGGGAGGAAGAGUGGAGUGUGAGAGAGCGAAAGAGAGAGACAGGCUGGCUAUCAAGGGCUCGUGUGAAGUGUGAAUGUCUGGAAGGGGCUUCAAUGGGAGUUUUAUCGCAGCGUCGAAACAAAGACGCGAUUUUUUUACCAUCCGGAGAAACAUUGUAGCGGAAACUUUAAACUUUUACCCGCCAGAGCGGCAGCGCCGUGCCGGGUCCCGGCUUUGUCUCGCAACGGGGGGAAGUACGCCAGUACACGCGAGGAUAUAAAGAACCAGCAGCACUUUUGGAUACGCAUUUUUAUCCACACAACGAGAGAAACCGUGAUUAUUGUGUUUGUUUAGGGGAGUGAGAGAAUGGCGGCCAACAUGUACCGAGUUGGAGAUUAUGUGUAUUUUGAAAACUCCUCCAGUAACCCGUAUCUGAUUCGUCGAAUAGAAGAACUCAACAAGACUGCCAAUGGAAAUGUAGAAGCCAAGGUGGUCUGUCUCUUCAGGCGGAGAGAUAUAUCCACCAAUCUGAACACUCUAGCCGAUAGCAAUGCAAGAGACUUUGAAGAGGAGUCCAAGCAGCCUUCAAUGUCAGAACAGCAGAAACACCAGCUCAAGCACAGAGAACUGUUCCUGUCUCGACAGUUUGAGUCUCUCCCGGCCACACAUAUACGAGGAAAAUGCAACGUCACACUUUUGAAUGAGACUGAUGCUUUAACUAUCUACCUAGAGAGAGAGGACUGCUUCUUCUACUCUCUGGUGUUUGACCCAAUGCAAAAGACCCUGCUGGCUGACCAGGGCGAGAUCAGAGUGGGAUCCAAAUACCAGGCAGAGAUCCCUGACAAACUGGCUGAAGGUGAUUCAGACAAUCGAGUGCAGGAGAAGCUUGAGACAAAGGUUUGGGAUACUAAUAACCAGCUGAAGGAUCCUCAGAUAGACCAGUUCCUGGUGGUGGCACGGGCUGUUGGUACAUUUGCACGUGCACUAGACUGCAGCAGUUCAAUCCGCCAACCCAGUCUGCACAUGAGCGCAGCGGCAGCAUCUAGAGACAUCACGCUGUUCCACGCCAUGGACACUCUGCAGAAGAAUGGCUAUGAUCUCGCCAAGGCCAUGUCGACGCUGGUGCCGCAGGGUGGCCCGGUGCUGUGCAGGGACGAGAUGGAAGAGUGGAGCGCCUCAGAAGCCAUGCUGUUCGAGGAGGCUCUGGAGAAAUAUGGCAAAGACUUCAAUGACAUUCGCCAAGACUUUUUGCCCUGGAAGUCAUUAGCUAGCGUGGUCCAGUUCUACUACAUGUGGAAGACUACUGAUCGUUACAUUCAGCAGAAAAGACUAAAGGCAGCAGAGGCUGACAGCAAGCUGAAGCAGGUGUACAUCCCCACCUACACCAAACCCAACCCCAACCAGAUCAAUGCACCUGGAAGUAAACCUGGCAUGAAUGGUGCCACUGGCUACCAGAAAGGCCUCAGUUGUGAAAGUUGCCACACUGCCCAGUCCCAGCAGUGGUACGCAUGGGGCCCUCCCAACAUGCAGUGCCGACUAUGUGCAUCCUGUUGGAUUUACUGGAAGAAGUAUGGUGGUCUUAAGACCCCUACUCAACUAGAAGGCGCCACAAGAGCUGGCUCAGAUGCAGCUCCACGUGGUCACAUGACCCGCCAGGAGGUUCAGGGCAUGUCCCCGUUUACCAGCAGCGCAGGGAGAGCUAAACUUCUGGCUAAAAAUCGGCAGACCUUCAUCCUGCAGACCACUAAACUCACUCGAAUCGCCCGUCGGGUGUGCCAGGACAUCCUGCAGUCCCGCCGAGCAGCUCGACGCCCCUAUGCUUCCAUUAAUGCCAAUGCUGUUAAAGCAGAGUGUAUGAUAAGACUUCCUAAAGCAGCAAAGAAUGCUAUGAAGAACCGCCUUAUUCCUCGACCGUCCCUCAUCAAUAUAGUUAAAGAAUUGGCUGUUCAAGCUCCUUUGAAACUCAAAGCCCCUCGAGGUGCUCCAACCCCUAUCAACCGUAACCAGGUUAACCAGCCUCGGAGCGCAUCCGCCCUACUGGGCAAGAGGCCCUUCGACAAUGCUGGGGGUAAUUCUUUGUCCACCAAUGGAAGACCGUUCGCAUUGGGAAUGAGAGCAGCCACCCAGUCAGUCAUUAAGAGGCAGAAGGUCAGUCAAGGAGAUGCUCCGAAUCCAGUGGUGUUUGUGGCUACGAAAGACACCAGAGCCCUGAGGAAACACCUGACUCAGGCCGAGAUGAGGCGGGCGGCCAGAAAACCACACCUCCCAGUCAGAAUCAAACUUCCCGUGCCGCCCCGGCCGCUUCCCGUACCCAUCAUACCCUCCAGCACCAGCGAGCCAAUCGUGUUGGAGGACUGAACGAUGUUCCAGUAGA